CUUAGAAGCUGAGUCUAGCCUUUUUGAGCUAAAAACUCAUUUUUUAUUUAUGAUUUUUUUCUGGGAUCGCCGGAAAAUCAAGAUUCCGGUAACCGACAGUUAACUAAAGAAAAAUAAAGUAUUUUCGUAAGUUAAAUUAAAUGGCGAAAGGUCGAAAACUGACCAUCAGUAUGAGUGAAAGGUAUUUAGGAAGUUACAGUUACAAUAAUGGAAAUCAAACAGUCAACGAAACAUCGGAAUUUGGAGAAGAUGAUGUUUGGUCAACCGUUGAUGAAAUGGUCAACGCUGACGGCGGCGACGAUGAUCAUUUAAUGAACGGCGCUUGUAAUUCACGCGCGACCGCAGAGAGUGAUGUCCGAAGUUUUAGGAGCAGCCGCCGAUGCCAAGCUGGAGGCGGCGGCGGCGGCGGCUUGUCAUUGGCUUUUGAUGAUGAUGCAGGUAAAGCCACGUCAUCAUCUCGGAUCAUACAUCAAUUUCGUGGACGACACAUGGCGUCUUCAGCACCUGUGAAUGUUCCUGAUUGGUCAAAGAUAUAUCGAGUUGACUCGGUUGAGUCAUUUCAUGACUCGGAUGAUGGUGCUGAUGAUCAUGAGUUGGAUAUGAUUCCGCCACAUGAGUAUUUGGCUCGUGAAUAUGGUAGAUCUCGAAAAUCAACAACUGAUUCGAUGUUUGAAGGCGUGGGAAGGACAUUAAAGGGUAGGGACAUGAGUCGAGUUCGAGAUGCAGUGUGGAGCCAGACCGGGUUCGAUGGCUAAGUCGAUUCAUCAAUA